GAUCUGUCAGAGUCAGAGAGAGUGAGAGUGAGGAGCCGCUGGUCUGGUCUCAUCAGAACCCAGCCAGACUGACAAGGGGGAAGCAGGGCUCAGGGGGGGCCAGAACUUUCCUCCACAAGGGAGCACCAGAGAUUACCUCAGAGUAGCCAAGGACUCCUCUGCCACACGAGGGGUGGGGUAGCCAGGGUAGAGGGUUGAUCAGCCAGCUCCCAGACAUCAGUCACUCCUCUGGCUCCCCUGAGCUGCAGCCAGCAGGAAAGAGCAAACUUUCCCAGGUGCCACUCCUGCUCGUUGGCCCCCGUGGGAAUCCCCAAGCUUGCCCUCCCAUCCCUGCCCCUCUGGGAAGACCAGGGACCAGGCUUGAUUUUCAGCUGCUGAGGUCAGGGGGACACAAGGUGGGGUGUCUGGCUCUGCUUGGGGCAAAAAUAGAACCUCAGAGGACUCCAGACCCUGAACUUGGUUCCAUGCCCAGGGGACCACCUGGGUUAGCCCUCUGCUGGGAGGACAGCUGGAUUCCACCAUCUCCUGCUUCUUAACUUGGGCUCCCCAAGAAGGCAGGGCCCCAGCCCAGGGACAUCCUAGAUCUGAGUCUGGCAGCUGGGCCCCCAGGGGAAGGCAGCGUGAGUGGCCAGGGGGAGCCCCAGGCUCUUCCACACACCAGGGAGACGGGCAACCUGGGGGAGAAGGUACAGGAUGGGGGCUGGAGGCCCUGCGGUCAGGAGGAAGAUGGACUGCUGACUCUGGCCAGCACCGGCUCUGGGGGCCUUGGGGAGGCUGUGGACAACAAUGAUGAGGAAGCUUCUUCUUCUGCUACCUGCUACACCUGCCCCAUCCUGGACCUGCCCCCUCCCUGGCCAACAGGCUGUGGGGCCGAGGACAUCCAAGCCUUCUGCUUUAUCUGCCUUCACAAGGAAGAGGAACCCCUGGAGACCCUUCCACUUCAGAGAUACAUUCAAAGAAAGCCCUUUUUACUAAGCCUUGCUUGGUCCCAGAAUCACAAGGCUGGAGAGAAAACUGCCUCACCAUCACCAGCUCCCACAGCAGGCAGCUGCCAUGCCAAUGGUAUUUUUGAACUCCUGACUGAUAGGGAGAAGAUGAGUGGGGGCUGCCCAGAGCAGGAGCCUCCCCGUGCGCUGGCCUGCUGCAGUGGCAGUGGUGUGCCCCUCCUCACGGAGGACAUGCAGGCCCUCACCAUCCGCACACUCUCAGGCACAGAUGUCAGCAAGCACUAUGACCUCAUCCGGGAGCUGGGCAAGGGCACUUACGGCAAGGUGGACCUGGUGUCCCACAAGAGCACAGGGACCAAGAUGGCUCUGAAGUUCGUGAAUAAAAGCAAGACAAAAUUGAAGAAUUUCCUCCGGGAGGUCAGCAUCACCAAUACACUCUCCUCCAGCCCUUUCAUCAUCAAGGUCUUUGAUGUGGUGUUUGAGACCGAGGACUGCUACGUCUUUGCACAGGAGUACGCGCCCGGUGGGGACCUCUUCGACAUCAUCCCGCCCCAGGUGGGCCUCCCUGAGGACACGGUGAAGAGGUGUGUGCAGCAGCUGGGCCUGGCCUUGGACUACAUGCACGGACGGCACCUCGUGCACCGGGACGUCAAGCCUGAGAACGUGCUGCUCUUUGACCGGGACUGCCGCCGGGUGAAGCUGGCCGACUUCGGCAUGACCCGAAGGGUGGGCUGUCGCGUGAAGCGGGUCAGCGGCACCAUCCCCUACACGGCCCCCGAGGUGUGCCAGGCAGGCCGGGCCGAGGGCUUCGCUGUCGACACCGGCGUCGACGUCUGGGCCUUCGGCGUCCUCAUCUUCUGCGUCCUCACGGGCAAUUUUCCCUGGGAAGCCGCGUCGGGUACGGACGCCUUCUUUGAGGAGUUCGUGCGGUGGCAGAAGGGGAGGCUCCCGGGCCUGCCUUCCCAGUGGCGGCGGUUCACCGAGCCAGCCCUGCGCAUGUUCCAGCGGCUGCUAGCCCUGGACCCGGAGAGGCGGGGACCCGCCAAGGAGGUCUUCCGCUUCCUCAAGCACGAGCUCACCUCGGAGCUCCGCCGGCGGCCUUCUUGCCGUGCCCGCAAGCCUGCAGGUGACCGCCUGCCCGCCGGGCCCCACCGCCAGGAGGCCCCAGCGCCGCUCAAGAGGACGGUGCUGACCGAGAGCAGUGGGACCAGGUCCUCCCCCCCCACCCCUCCUGAAUCUGGCCGCACCUCACCAGGGCCGGCCAGCAGGACGGAUGGGCGGCAGGACAAGAGCAAGGGGCAGCUGGUCCUGGCCACGGCAAUAGAGAUUUGCGUCUGAGCUGCCCCCCUGCCCAAUGCCAGUCCCCCCUUCGAGGGCUCCUCUGUGGCAACUCCUAGGGAGGGCUCCUCACCCCAGCGCUUGCACCCAUGAGGCUGGCGAGAACCCCCCCAGACCCAGUGGGUGAGGGGGACAUAGGGGGACGGGGGACUCAGGGUGGGGAGAGGCCCUUCCUUUACCUGCUGAAGGAACCAGGAGUCACUGUUCCCAAAGCAAAAAAGAAACACGGUUAGACAAUAGUAAUAUCGUAGUACUAGCCUGAGUAGCUCUACAAGGAUCAGUCAGGACAGAGAUGGAAGAAUGCCCUGUUCAGAUGAUGGGGACCUGGUGGGCCCCACAGCCCCUAUCCCUCCCCUCAAGGAGGAAGGCAGUGGGGUUGGGAACAGCAGGGCUGGGCUGCAGCAAUUCCACCGGGGCCUCGAGUAAGACAUUAACCAAAAAUCUGUCUAAGGGGCCAGGAAGGACAUAGGGCAGUGCCUGCCCCCACACCACUAAGAUGGUGAGGGGCCUGGAGCCUAGAGCCCAGAACCUGCAUCAAGAGGGACAGACUGCCAGAGCAGAACCGAGGUUUGGAGGUAGGAUCCUGUGGGUCAUAGGGUGGCUCUCAGGGGCGUUAUCCCCAGCCCAGCUUAGGGAGCAGGGCUGGCUCCAAUCUGCUUUCUCCACCCCUGUUUCCCACCCACUCCCAGUUCCUUCUUACCAAUGUCACUGGACCAUCUGAAGUCUUUCAGCCUAUCCUAGCCACUCUGUCCCUAUCUGGCCUUUCUCCUUCCCCCUGUCUCUUUCCUACCCUCUCCCUCUGUUAGCCCCUUUUUCCUUGGGUACCAACCUCUCCUCAGGCCCUUAGUUUACUUUUCCUUUCUCUUUGCCUUUGGGGAAGAGAUAGGGCCAGGUUUUCCUUAGUGGGCGGGGAGAGAGAAGGGGCUGUUGAUCCCUGAGUCUUGGUGGAGGCCCCAGGAUCAGAGAAAGCUCUCACUAAUGAAGACAGCACGGAGAUCCAGGGUUCUGGGCCACAUAGAAAGGGGAUCAGGGGAGCAACCACGGUAACUCCAACCCCUGGUCCUAAACCCUGCACGCUCCAGAGCUAUGAGCAGGGCAGGCCCCAGGAAAGGCGAGGAGAACACUGGGACCAGGAGAAAGGAAGGAAGGACACAGGGAUAAACUGACCCAGCUACCUGAAAAAUGUAGCAAAUGUGUAGUGUGUGUACGUGAGUGUGUGUGUGUGUGUAUGUGUGUGUGUGUCUCCCAGACAUAGAAUAUAGAAUGUCAGAGCUAGAAGAGACCUUAAGAGUUCAUUUAGUCAUAGGAUCUUAGGUUUAGAGCUGAAAGGGAAGUAAGGCCCGGAGAGGGGAUGCCCAAAGUUACACUGCAAGUCAAUGCCAGAGCUAAGACUAAAACCCACGUCUCCCCAAGAGGGUAAUGGGUCCCCUAAGGGAGGGGGGCUUGUCAUACAUGACAGACCUGUGGCCCACUUUGUCAUGUCUGUCCUGUCAUUUCUCCCAUCUGCCUGGAUACUUGGUAGUGGGGAUAUGGCCAGAAUUCAGGAGUUAGGGGGUAGGACUGAGGCCCUUGUAUUGAGGUACGGAUAGUGCCUCAAUGCAAGGAAAGGAAAGAGAGCAGGGUGAGGAUAUGUCUAGUCCAAACUCAUCUAAAUUCUUAUGCCUGGGUCAUUAGGCCCUCCUUCUGGCUCUCCUUUGAGUUAGAGAAGGAAGAGAAGCCCCUACAUUGGACUGGGAGAGAAAAUACCUCCCUUCCCCUUCCUGUUCUCCCCAGCCUCCACAAAGAUAAGAAGUACUCUUAGAAGAUAUCAAUAAGGAAUGGUCUUCUUAGGAGGAAUCCUGACAGAGGCCCAAUAAGCAACUGAUCCCCAGCCUCUGUGGCCUGGGGACAAUGGCCUGUCUAAUCAGGACAAUGGCUGGGAGCAGAAAACAUGACUCCCUAGCAGAACUUCCCUAUCCCGGGCUGGGAUGAAGAGUUCUUUGGAAGCCUGACCAGGCCUGGGGGGAGGGGAACGGCCAGGAAGCUGAGGGCCAGAGAUUGUACAGAAGGACCUUGUGGGGAGAUUAGUACAGGGGUAGAGUGUGACUCUAGUGAUGCAGCCAUGGGCUCCAAUCCCUGAGCCGUCUAAGGGAAAAGGCUCCUCCUGUACCGCCCCAGGGAAAUCCAGGAUUUUGUGUGGCAAGGGCCAUCACCACCCUGUGAUGGGGCAAAAGCCUUGGCCCUAUCAGAACUGAAGACUCAAAGCUAGAAGUUAAAUAAAUGCCUUCAUUUCACAGAAGAGACGGAGGCAGUUGUCUGCCUGAGGUCUGUAUUCAGUUAGUUAGAAAGCCAGGACUCAGAUCCUGGCCUUCUGGCUUCCAGGCCUGGGCUCUCCCCAAAAUGACUAUCAACAGGGUGGUGGUAGGGCCUCUAGGAUUGAGGAAGGACCCAGGGCAGAAGCAGCCCUGAUGGAGGAUUCCUCGACCCUUUCCCUCCCUUGCAAGGGCAUUUGUGCCAGAAAUUGCUCAGUAACUUUGGGCUGGGAUCUCACUUACCAGCUGUGGUGCCCUAGGUCAGUCAGGUAACAUCUACUGGGAGGAACUUGAGGGAGGGAGCUGUGUAAGGGACAGUGGGGAUAAGUGUGAGUGGGUGAAUGAAGGUAUGAAUCCCCUGCCUCACCCAAAGGUGAGUCUCUUCAACUGGCCCCUGAUAAAAAGGGGGAACAGGACUCAUAGGUCACACCAGUCUCUACCAAAGCCCUCAGGGAACCAGGCAAGGAUCCUUGGGUGAGGGCCUGGUGGUGCAAUGGAAAUACACUACGAGUAGGCAGCUUCCUGCCAGUCUAAGGGAAGACCAAGGAAAUGAGAGUGGGGGCCUGCCCCCCCCCCAGGAAUCCCUCUUUCCCAAGCUCCCCACCACCCCUGCCUCUUCAGGGGACUCUCAGCAAUAACCUCAUAUCUGGUGGGGCCAGAGAACCUAGGGGCAUCAGACCCAAAUGGCUCCCCAUCCUCCAGCCCCUCCCUCCCAGCCAAGGCCUCUUAUUCCUCCCCACCCCACCCCACCACAGCCUCCACUGAGAGGAGGCUCCAGGGACCCCUUGCCAGCCCAGCUGACCUGGUCAACACCUCACCCUCAGGGUUGGGGGUCCCUCAUCCCCAUCAAUCCACAAAAGGGUAGGCACUGGCAGCCCCCCAUUCUUUCCAUCAGGGCCUGAGCCCCUCUGUAUCCAGCACUCAGGUGAGGGAUGGGGGGGUAGGCUUUGGGGAGCAGCACCCAGCCUGUCUGGCCCCACCCAACGUCCUUGAGUGGGAUGGGCCCCAGGUAGUGUCUGGGAGUGGAGUGCCACACACACCAUCCUACAAUAAGCAACAACCCCCAAUCCCCUCCCCACAAAUCACACAAAAGGGCUAUUGACUCCUCACCCCAGACCUAGGCACAGUUUACAGCCAAGCAGACCCUGCAUUGACCUCAGCCUCUUUCCAUUCUCUUCAAAGAAAGGCAAAGGAUCUUGGACACUUCCAGGGCAGAAUCCUUGCUCAGGCUCAAAGCUGGAGAGGGGAGAGGGAAGGGGAGGGCGGAGAAGGGCUGCACACCUAGCCCAGCCAAGAUGCCGACAGUGUCCCCUCAAGGGGCUUACCCUUCUCCAGCAGGCUUGGUGCCCUCUGGAGAUGUGCUAGGAACGUAGCAAAUGCCCCUCUCCUUCCCUAGAUCCCUCUCAGUGGAGAUCCCUGCUUCCCCGUCCCCUUCCCUUGGGCAGUCAGCCUGGCUUGUCCCAGCAGGGCAAGCCCCAGGCCUGUAGCCAGGCCCUGAGACCACCGGUGCCCAAUCCUGAACUCUUCAUCGUUGACUCCUCCUUUUGCCUUAGGCCUCCUCAAAGUCCUGAUCUCUCUCGUGCAAUAAUGUUGAAGCGAGACUCCGCCGUAGACAAACUUCUCGAACUCUUUUUUUAAAGAUCCUGUUGAGGUUUUUCUCUCAUUGUAGAAUCUUAGUGUUAGAAUGGGAAGGGGACCAUAUGUACCAUCCACUCCAACCCCCUCAUUUUACCAAUGAGUACGCCGAGGCCCAGAGAGGGGAAGUGACCUCCCCUAGGUCACACAGCAAGUUCGUGAUAGAGCUGGGACUCAGACCACGGUCUUCUGAUUCACGGUCAGUCUAGGGCUCUUCAUACUACACCUCGCUGCCUUCUCUGGCCAUCAGGUUAGGACUCUUUGCCCCAUUAGAGAGGUUUUGGUCACAGAUGUUUACCUCAGUUUAUGUCACUGUCAAAGAAACAAAAACAUACGUAUAUAGCAAAAAAAAAUGAUAGAUGUGAAAACUGCAAAACAACAAAAAAAAUUCCCCUAGUGAUUAUUCCUGUUGUGAAGGUGCAGUGUAUGUCUCCCAGGCUGGGCAGGAAUAUCCACCUAUUCUGCCUGGCCUUGCUUCCUGUCUUCAGUCUGUCUAAUACCCCCAGACCAUGCCCACACCUUUCUUUAGACUGAUCAGGGACUGAAGGGUAAAUCAAAUCUCCUUCCUCCUACAAUGAAAUCUCCCUGUGAACUGGUGCUUCUCCAUUUUUCACCCAGUAGUUGUGCACUAGGGUGGAGUGGGAGGGUUGGGAGGAAGAACCUUUGUGCUUUCCCAGGGUGGAGUGUGGCGGGAGCUCCAAGAAGAAAAGGGGCCUAGUGCCAACCCACUGGUGACAUCCUCCUGGCCAGACCCUACAACCCAGAGCAACUGGGAAUCUGGAAACUGAGCUAGAAAACGGAUCACAAGUGGGGUGGAUGGGGAAGGUUUUCAAGAAUGGAGGUUGGGUGCUUCGUCUGCUUCCAUCGGCCAGGCCAGGUAGCAGGCCCUAAGCCUGGGCUCAGGAAUGCCUGGGCCUCAGUCCUGUUUAGCCCUCCACUACCACUUCCCAAGCUCUGGCCCCUCUCCUCUAUAUUCUCUGGGCUAGGUGGAUCCCAAUUGGGAGAAGCCCCCAGUUAGCCUCUCCCAGAGCCCCAGCCUGCAGCACCCCUCUGGGCCUUCCUCACUUCCAUCAGCACCCUGAGCUGGUCAUCUAACACUACGCUCAGUAGGAGAAUCUCUAGGGCUUCCUCCCUGGCCCAGAUCUGGUUGGGCUAUGAGUUUGGGGGUAAAAAUAUAUGUAUGCUCUCCCUGCACCAAGCCUGGGAUGGGAGACCAGAGUUAAUCUACACUACCCUGCAGUCCCAUUCCUCUCUCUGAAGACCUCAUCAGUCCUGUCUUCCUCCACCCCACCCAAAUGUUUGUAAAUACUUUGGAAUCCUUUGCCCCUGUAAGAAGGAGGUUUUUAAAUGUGUUAUUUACUUCUAUAUUAAUGACAAUUGCUAUAAAAUAAAGGAUUU